AGAACUCUUUGUGACGUGUAGAUAGGAAUUUAGUUUUCUUGUAGAUAUCCAAGUUAUUAGUGUGACAAACCACUCCCAAGCAAUGUGCGGAACAGCUUUUUCAAAAUUUUUGUCUCCGUCCGAAAACAAAGCCAAAGUCAAACCACUUAAAUGCUAUUCGCGAUCCUCUUUAAAUUUCGAAGAGUGUGACAGUCAACAAGCCUGCAACCCUCUGGCUUGUAGAGAUUCCAAGAAAAAGCAAAAAAGUAAUCAAUGGACUGUUUUCCAGAUACCUCUGAAACCGGAUGAAAAAGGAACAGGCAGACUUCCAAAGCGGAUGGAAGAGUGCGUCCCAAAAAAGUUAACGAAAGAAAUGCUUCUUAAUAGACAAGCCCAAGCAGAACUGAACCGACAGCGCUUUCUCGAUACGACAAAGCAAAAAGCUCAGAAGUCUUCCCAGUGUAAAUGCGAGAAAGACGAACAGUCAGAGCGCAUGCGCAAAGCCCUGCAGAUAUCCCAGAAGCAAGCGCGUGCUGAAAUGAACCGCCGGUGGCGACUGGAGCAGGUUCGGGACGCGGCAAAGCAUGCGUCAGGAACCAUGAAAAAAAUACGAAUAGACGCACAGUUUAAAAAUCAAAAUAAGAAAAGGCUCGUAGAAAUGGCACAGCGCAAGACAAAUGUCGACGAAAACAGGCAAAAGAUAGUACAACAGAUUAUAGACAAGCAACAGAGGAGAGAGGAGAGAGCAAGGGCUGUCAGAGAAAAGGCAAAGACCGUUAAGGCUAGCGCGUAUGACUUCAAGUGCGACGAGGUUGACUUGUCUUUCUACGCAUCGGACAGCGAUGACGAGGACCAGGAGUUGUGGGACAAGUUUUGGGGGAUCCACAAGGAUUACCAGCACAGUGUGUCUAGUUGAAGGGAAAACUACGUCUUGUAUUUUUUUUAAUUUUUUUCCAAAAAAUUUGUAAUUUGCAGUCAUUCUGUCAUCCAAGUGUGUAGGCAAUGUAAUAUGCAGAUAGCAAAUUAUUAAACAAUACAUGCGCCAA